AGGCGUAGCAGCGCAAAAUCUCCCUUCCACCGGGUAAACUAGUCUGUAAUCACAGCUGUCCUCAUCGUGUCGACCGCGCUGUGACGUGAUUCACGACUCCACGGGAGGAAAUCCCCACGGCAGAGAGAGAAAGAGACGGGAGGCCCCUUUAAAUCGACGCAUUUUCUUCCUCCUUGGUAGGGUGCCAAGUACGGUAGAGAGGCAGAGAAAAGACUGAGAGCUCCGAACAACAACAACAACAACAACAACACAGCCACGGCUCUCAGCGGGCACAUUUUCACUGAUUCAGCUCUUUACCGCGGCGCUUGGAAAACCUGGCCUCUACACGUUUCGGUGUUGAGAACCAUUGCGGAAGUAGUGAGUCUUCUCCUCGACGCGACAGCGACACGCUCGGGUCUGUGCUGACACCUAGCGGCCGAACCGGAGAACCGCAGCAUGUACGGAGCUUCAGGAAUCCCCGAGCUGAUCCCACACAGCGGGCCGCCCCGGCAGCCCGGCCCGGCGGGGCAGUUCAACCCGGGACACCCGCAGGCAGACGGACACGACGGCGGGGCGAACCCCCAGAGGCUCGGACAGAGGGCUCCGAAACUGGGUCAGAUCGGCCGGUCCAAAAAAGUGGAUCUGGACGACGAAGACCUGGACGACCUCAUGAACAACAACGGCCAGUGCCCCGUCUCCCUGUCGCCCAUCUCCUAGCUUCAUCUCUGAGAAGUGCCAGAAACCCGUUCCAGUCAGCGCUCCUGGUCCAAAGUGUCCUCUGGAGCUGCUGAUGGCUCCAACCCGGCUCUUUUAGCGCCGCCUGAACGGAGCCCUGCUUGUACAUAGUGUCUAUUUAACUUCGCUCAGACUGUGAAUAAAUGAAUCUCUGUACCUCGAAGGAUUUCUUUCAAAGCUUCUUUUCUGAAAAGGGCUACUGCUGAUGGGCCGGACGUGUCCGACGAAGGUUACCGAUUCUCUGCUGGUUUGUUGUGUGAAGGAACACGAGCCUGUUGGGGUGAAAAAUUUAGCUUUUGGUUGUGCAACGACUCGCACAGAUCCAAACGGAGUAGCUACGAGCGCUCGCUGUUUAAACCAGAAGAAAACGACUACUGCAAAUUAUUUAUUGUUCAAAGAAAUCUAUAUUUUUAGUUGUUGUGGCUUCUACUUGUUUUUUACUGUGUCAUCUAAAAGUGAGAUUUAAGACGUGCACUUUGUGGGAAUGCCUGUCAUGUGCUGUGACACGUCGCAGAAACCUAUGCAUGAGGUCUGUGAUUAAAGGGCUACGUUGUAGUUUUCAUAAACCAAAACACUGUUUUUUCUUUUUUUGUUUUGUUUUUUGCAGGCAAACGGCAAAAUUUUGAUGCACUUUUUCUUGUCUUUUAUGAUUAUAAAUCAGAUUUAUAUCUAAAUAUAUUCUGAUCCGCAUGCGUUGAUGUUUAUGAUUCGUUUUCGUCUCGGCGUCUUUCCAAGCCAGAUGUGAUUGCAGUAUGAGUUCAUAAAAACGGGCAGCUCUGAUUGGCUGUCGCUGCUGAGACAAUCUAACUGAUGUUUUGGGGAUUUUGUGAAGAUUGCAGUGGAAUUAGACUUAAUGAGCCUUUUAAAGGCUCACAGUUGAGGUCAUAGUUCACUGGUGGAGGAUGUUUUUCACAUUUCUGAGCUCAGUCUUUGACUCUGAGGCUGGGGUUGUUUACCUUUUGCAUGAAAGUGAUCAACUUUUCAUGAUGCAUCUCUGGAAAUAAAUAAAAGUAUAAAUUCUAAUAAA